UCACCAGAGGGCUUACUGGGGACUCCUCUGUCACCCUUCCCCGUGGGGACUAGACUGCUGAGGGAGGGACUGCUGAGAUCAUGACCGAGAGUGUCUAAACUCUUUGGGCAGAAGGGGGAGAAAAAAAAGAAGCGUUUGCACCGUAGGCGUGGUGGAAUCGGACGUCUACUGACUUUGGAGAAGAGGGAGAGGGAGAGGGAGAGGCGAAGUGCUGUUGAAUGGGGGGAACUUCAGGAGCAAUCAACGAACGAACGAACAAAACUCCCUCCUAGGUUUGUUAGUGUGUGUGUCCUAAGACCUGGAAGAUUUGAAAGAGGAAGGUGGCAAGCGGGAGGCUGGCCGGCGCUUCCAAAAGGCAAUCCAGGGGAGUUGUUAAUGCAACAUGAUCCUAUGGAAGUCGCUCUAAAAAUAUCAGCAGUCGGGAGUCCAUGAGCCACCUCUGUCCGCUUAAUUGGCCUGCAGAUUAGGCAUUUUGUUUUCAACAACCUAAUUACAAAACCUUUUUAUGGCACAAGCACCCCACGCAGGUAAACUCUCGUUUUUUCCUCAUUGUUUUUGGUUGUUCAUUAUACCGGGAUACAUUGUUAUUUAGCGAAAACCUUGCAUAGAGAGGUUGAAAAGCUGGCCUACUUUUUUUUCUCCCAUACGUCAAUUGUUUGAAGUCUGCUCAGCAGGAAGAGUUGUGAUAAAAGAUGCAAUGGUAUCAUGCGAUUUUGACCUACUUUGGACAAUCAUAACAACACAACACCCACAGCUUCAGUUCCCGGUCUCAUCGCAAGAUUUCAAACGGAACCUAUUCAACAGCGAUACUACAACCCCAGUCAUAUAUAGCGUAGAGGUAACAAAAAAAGCAUUCUGAGAAAGAAAGACAGAAAGAAAGACAGCACAGAGCCAUGAAGAAGGCAGAGGUGCAGAUGUCCCUGAAGAAGGGUGCGGACGAUGGGGCGUACGGCAAAGCACCUCCCAGCCCGCGGCUGGCAUCCAAGCGGGCCAAAGUCAACCCGGACCAGGUGGUACCCGGCGACCCGGAGGGCUCACCGUACCCCACUCAAACACCACCCGUCUUCAUCCGCAAGAUGAGGAACUCGGCGGUGGGCACGGGAUGUGACAUCCGCCUCAAGGUGGCCGUGGCUGGAGACCCGCAGCCCACGCUCUACUGGUACCACAACGACGACCUGGUGAACAUGGAUAACCAGGAGUACGGCGGCCUGUGGAUCAGGGAUUGUAAACAGAGCGACGCCGGCCUCUACACCUGCAUCGCCACCAACGAGCUGGGGGAGACCAGGAGCAGUGCCGUCCUCGCCGUUUUGGAUCUGGGGGAAGACUCAGAGAAUACAGAGGAUGAAGGUGGCGAACCCCAGGUACCCAUGGAGCACAAAGAAGGACCCGAGGACCUGCAGGACCAGGCUGCCCAGAGAGUGCCUGCUGGUGACAGGGUGAUGGACGCGGGUCCCGAAGGGGCUGGCGGUCACCUGGGCCCAACAGACAGGUGGGAGGGAGUGGAGAGGAGCAGCAGCAGGAGCCACCUCGAGGACGUGUUGAGGGACUCUCCCCCUCAAGUUCUCCCGCCCCCUUCCCCCCUCCCCCGCCACGCGACCGCCUCUCCCCUGCUCACCCGGCCCGGCUCGGCCCCCGUCACGCCCCUCGCCCCCCGCAAGAAAGCCGUGGUGCCCAGCGACUACCAGGACACGGUGCCCGGCGAGUUCGAGGAGAAGAUCAAGCAGCCCAAGCCUCUGUCCCAGAGUAGCGCCCAGGACUCGCGGCCCCAGACCCCCGUGCUCAGCGAGGGCUACGCCCGCAAGGACCUGACCGCCCCCCGCCCCUCACCCAAGCUCACCCGCCCCAGCUCCAAGAUCUUCGAGAAGGUGCGCGACUUCACCGAGCGCCGCCGCGGCAGCACCACCGACAACGAGGGCUCCAUCUCCGGGCGCUCCUGGGCCGGCUUCCACCGGGCGCCGUCUGUCGACUCGGACGACGGAGGCAGCCGGCUGGGCAUCUCCCGGGAGAGCUCCAGGGAGGACCUGAGCGAGGCGCUGAAGGCCGACGCCGCCCAGAGGAGGUCCCAGUUCAGGCAGCGGGCCGCCUCCUUGGAGGACCGGCCGCGCUACACGCAGAAGGUGCAGGACAUCGAGAGCAAGUUCACCGAGGAGCUGCAGCGCAUUAAGAAGCUGGUGGGCAAGCCGCACAUGAAGAAGUCCUUCUCCACCGAGCAGCUGUCGUCGUCGUCAUCGUCGUCCCGCAGGAGCCGGCAGCAGCCCCUCAGGAAGGUGGAGCCCAUUCCGCCACAGGUGCUGCAGAAGCUGCAGGAACGGGAGCGUGCCCAGCAGGCUCAGGAGCAGCGCGAGAGAGACCACCAGCGCACAGAUCAGUCACCCCGCAAGUCGCCGUCACACGUGGAACAGAGCCAGAGCCAUCAGAAAGCACAACAACAACAGCAACAACAACAACAACAACAACAACAACAACAACAAGCUAAUCAGCAAGUGCCGAUUCCAGACCGGGUGUCUUCAGCAGCACAACCAGCACACCAACAGCAGCAGCAGCCGCAGCCGGAGCCGGCCAAGCGAUCCACCGUCAGCAUCAUGGCCGGCGGCCGACUGGGACACGAGGUCUCGCCCCCUGAGGCCAUGUCACCCUCCGAGUUACCCGGGCAGCGCUCCGAGCCGAGGCGGAUGCGCACCGCCAGCCCGAGCCUAGUCCGCAGGUCCCCCAUCGACGUCAUCAGCCACCACGCGUCUGAAGACAGGCCACGCUCCCCGCACAGGCGCAUGGAGUCGCCCGUGGAGAUGGUGCGCAAGCUCGAGCCCCGGCCGGCCAGCCCACUGGUGCAGCGGGUGACACGCGGGCAAGAGGUGCCCGACGCGUCGGAGAGGGAAGGGUCCGGAAGGAAGACGCCCGUCGAGGUAAACGUGAGGAAGUUAGACCGUCGACCCGAGAGCCCUCUCGUGCAAAGAAGAGACCCCCCGGCGAUGCACGAGCGACCUGGUCAAGCGCCACCAAAGCCCCCCAGGAGCCCUCCAGAGGAGAUAGAGGUGGAUGUGAAACCAGCGUCUCCGUUGACGAGUCCUGGUCCUGCAUCCAGUGGUGGUGGAAGUGGUGGUGGUGGUAGUGGUGGUGUUGGUGGUGGUGGUAGUGGUGGUGUUGGUGGUGGUGGUGGUGCUGCUGCUGUUGCUGCUGCCCCUCCACCGAGGCUCACCAUUCCCACCAUAAUUGUAGAGGAGGAACCCAUGGAGGUGGCUCCGGCUGCCGUGGAGAAGACGAGGAAAAGCAGUCCUGUCAAAGAGGAGAAAGCAGCCAGGAGCAAAGGCAAAGGCAAAGGCAGACGCACCAGGCCCAUGUCUCCUGAGCUGGAAUCCUCAGACGACUCCUAUGUGUCGGCUGGUGAGGACCCUAUGGAGGCUCCCAUGUUUGAGUUCCCUCUCCAUGAUGUAGUUGCAUCCAGUGGUGUGGAAGUGGUACUCAAAUGCAUCAUCGCUGGCACUCCCCUCCCAGAAGUCACAUGGAAAAGAAACAACGCUGAGGUGAGGAACAGCCCCACUCACACGGUGAAGGUGGAAGGAGAGAGGCACUCUUUGAUCAUCAAGAAGACGAAACCCGCCGACGCCGGCACAUACACCGUCACAGCAACCAAUCAGAUGGGCUCGACAUCCUGCAACGCAACGCUCCUCAUCAAAGCAGAGCCGUCACCGGAGCAGAGAGGUAACCUUGGAGUGCCCAUGGACAUAGCCAGCCCCAUCACGUCCGAUGAGGAGUACCUGAGCCCCAUGGAGGAGAGCAUGGACUACGGCAGCUCCUACAAGACCAUUAUGGACAACAAGGCCAUCAUGGACCCACGCUUCAGAGAGCCACCCGCCUUCCAGGCCACCAUGAAUGAUCAGUCGGUCAUUGAAGGACAGGAGGUGACUAUGUCUGUCCGCAUGACAGGACAGCCAAAACCCAUGUUGUACUGGCUGAGAGAUAGAGUGACGAUAAAGACCGGUCAGCGCCACACUGUGCGUGAGACAGAGGAAGGUUUCUUCGAGAUGGUGAUCAAGUCAGCAGUGAAGUCUGACUCAGGGGUUUACACCUGCAAGAUUAUUAACGAGUACGGCACUAAGCAGUGCGAAGCUAAACUGGAUGUCAACCCGCCCCCUAUAGAGCCUCAGCUGGCCGUCAUCCGGCCGGUGAAGGACGUGACGGUGAACGCGGGCGAGACGGCGCUGUUCGAGUGCCACGUGACGGGCCCACAGGACGUGGACGUGGACUGGCUGUCGGACGGCAAGCUCGUCCAGCCGGCGCUGCUCAACUGCAAGAUGCAUUUUGACGGACGCCGCUGCCGCCUGCUGCUCAACUCCGUACACGAGGACGACAGCGGCACCUACACCUGCAAACUCAGCACAGCUAAAGAGGAGCUGACCUCCAGCGCCAGGCUCCAGGUCAUUCCCUCCAUCGAGCCGCUCUUCACCCGCAAGCCGGACGUGCUGGAGGUCAUCGAGGGCCGCAACGCCCGCUUCGACUGCAAGGUCAGCGGCACGCCCCCGCCCACCGUCGUCUGGAGCCAUUUCGACCAUCUUCUGGAGGAGAACGAGGACAUCCGCAUCCUGAAGGAAGGGGGGCGCCACUCGUUGGUCAUCUCCCACGUCUGCACGGAGGAGGAGGGGCUCUACACGGUGGUGGCCCGCAACACCCACGGCGUCAUCGAGUGCUCGGCUGAGCUCUACGUGCAGGAGCCCCGGCCUGCCAUCUCCUCGCAAAUGGCAAAGCUGGAGAAGAUGCCGUCCAUUCCCGAGGAGCCGGAGGUGCCGGAGAACGAGGUGGAGCGCUUCACCAUGCCCGACUUCGUCAAGCCGCUGUACGACCUGGACGUCAUCGAGGGGAAGGAGGCGGUUCUCAAGUGCAAAGUGGCCGGGCUCCCGUACCCCACCAUCUGCUGGUUCCACAACGGCAUCAAGAUCGCUAGUACAGAGGACCGGAAGAUGACACAAUUCAGGGACAUUCACAGCCUGGUGAUCCGCUCGGUGUGCCAUGCCCACGGUGGCGUCUACAAAAGUGUCAUCUCCAACAAGGUGGGCAAAGCCACCUGCUAUGCCCAUCUGUACGUGACAGACAUUAUUCCUGACCCUCCUGAUGGUGCUCCGAUGGUGGAAUCCAUCACUGGCAAGACCAUCACCUUGAAGUGGAAGAAACCAAAGAGGCUGGAUCCCUCCAUCGACCCCAGCACGCUGAUGUACGCUGUGCAGCAGCAGGCCCUGGGCUCCAUCCAGUGGACCAUCGUGGCCUCCUGCCUGAAGGAGACCAGCUACACGGUGAGCCAGCUGACCAAGGGCGUGCGCUACGCCUUCAGAGUGCUCUCCAUCACCAGCAAGUGCUUCAGCAAGCCCUCCGCCGCCACAGACCCUGUGCAGCUCGUAGACAGAGGUCCCUAUCUCCAGGAGAUCCCCGUCAUCACAGACAAGCCAGACGUGGUGUACGCCGUGGAGAACCAACCAGUCAGCAUCAGCAUCACGCUCAACCACGUCAACGCCACGGUGGCCUGGAAAAGGAGAGGGGCCACUCUUGUGAAUCGGCCCGGCAUGUUUGAGAUGACCAUGCCCGAUGAUAAUCAGCACACCCUGAAGCUGGGGAAGGUGAAGGCCACAGACGCCGGCCAGUUCACCUGCGUGGCCAGCAACCCCUACGGCAGCGACCAGUGCACCUUCUCCCUGGAGCUCGCAGCUCCGCCGACGUUCGAGACCAUCAUGGAGGACCUGGACGUCAACGUGGGAGAGACGCCUCGCUUUGCUGUGGUGGUGGAAGGAAAGCCCAUCCCAGACAUCCUUUGGUUCAAGGAUGACGUCCUGCUGGCGGAGAGCAGUCACUACACGUUUGUGUACGACGAUAACGAGUGUUCGCUGGUGGUGCUCAACACUCGUGCGGACGACUCCGGGGUCUACACCUGCACGGCCAAGAACCUGGGAGGCUCCAUCUCCUGCAAGGCCGAGCUCACCGUUCACACAACCAAGAAGGAGUGCGAGGAUGUCAUGGAGGAUGAGCAGUCCAUCCUGAGGAAGAUGCGCCGGCUGACGGACUAUUAUGAUGUGCACAAAGAGAUCGGGAGGGGCGCUUUCUCCUAUGUGAAGGCGGUGAUGCAGAAAGCGGGGAAGAUGGAAUACGCAGCCAAGUUCAUCUCGGCUCGCGCCAAGAAGAAGAGCUCAGCCCUGCGCGAGAUGAGCCUGCUGUCGGACCUGGACCACGAGAGGAUCCUUUACUUCCACGACGCCUUCGAGACCAAGAGGGCCGUCAUCAUCAUCACAGAGAUGUGCCAUGAGGAACUCCUGGAGAGGAUGACUAAGAAAUCUGCCGUGAUGGAGUCAGACAUCCGCUCUAGUAUCAGGCAGCUGCUGGAGGGCCUCAGCUAUCUCCACGACCGCAACAUCAUGCAUCUGGAUAUCAAGCCCGACAACAUUCUCAUGGCAGACCCAAUGAAUGAUCAAAUUCGCAUAUGUGAUUUUGGGAAUGCAAUGAAACACACUCCCGAUGAUUCGCAGUACUGCAAAUACGGCACACCCGAGUUUGUGGCUCCGGAGGUCGUCAACCAGACCCCUGUUUCGAAGGCAACCGACAUCUGGCCGGUUGGAGUCCUGACCUAUUUGUGCCUGACUGGGGUCUCUCCUUUUGCUGGGGAGAACGACAGGAGCUCUGUCCUCAAUAUCAGGAACUAUAACGUGGCCUUUGAAGAGAGCAUGUUCGCUGACCUGUGUCCCGAGGCCAAGGGCUUCGUUAUCAAACUGCUGGUGGCUGAUAAAGUGAGACCUGAUACGAGUGAAUGUCUCCGUCACCCCUGGUUUAAGAUUCUGAAUAAAGGAAAAUCAAUCAGCACAGAGUUCCUAAAGAAAUUCCUGUCCAGGAGGAAAUGGCAGCGAUCUCUCAUCAGCUACAAGUCUAAAAUGGUGAUGAGAUCCAUCCCGGAGUUGCUGGAUGACUCCUCCAGUCACGUGUCCAUCGCCAUCCCUAAACACCUCCGAGAAGGUGGCAGCGGCUCCCCGCCUCCCUCCUCUUCCUCCGACUCGGACGAGGACAUCGAGGAGCUGCCCUUCAUCCCCAUGCCCUUGAACCUGGGCUUCUCCGGCUCCAGGGUCUCCCUCACCGACAUCCCGGCCGAAGACGAGGCCUCCAGGAAGACCAACGGGUCUGUGGAGGCCUCAGCAGCGGCAGCAGCAGCAGUGGUCAACCAGGGUCAGGAGCCCAUGGAGUGUGAGCCAACAGAAAAGGACGCGGAGGUUAGUGACGGAGGGGACGCCUCCUCGGCUAGAGGACGGGGGAGGAAGAGACCGACCCAGGACGACGGGAAGGGGUCCUCGGACGACGAGCCGAGCGAUCUGGCCCAGCGGCUGGCAGAUCACCCGAAGAGGCCUUUGCGCAGGGGCUCCAGCAUGGACUCCGACAAGCCCGAAGGGGCCAGCCGAAAGAGAGGCGAGCUCCGUCGAGGCGGCUCUGCCGACAGCGCACUGGCGCUCCGCAUCAGCCCAGAAGAGGGCGCCAGGGAGGGAGGCGCGGGCGCCGACGACGGCCGACGGGUCCUGAAGAAAGCCGUGUCCAUGGAGCUGCCGCGCAGGAGCGCCAGCCCCGGAGCCGGGAGCCUGAGCCAGGAGGACUACGCCCUGAAGCUGGAGCUGAUGAGGCAGCGGCUGCUGAGAGGCGGCCGGGUGGACAGCAAGAUGGGCGGCCUGCGGGGACCCCUGCUGGACAACCUGGGCAUCAGCGCUGCCGACGACCGGCGCUUGAGGCGCGUGGGCCCCGCUCCGCUGGUCAGGGCGGCGUCCACCGAUUCGCCCCGGGACGACGUGCCCAAGACCAAGGUGCUGCGCAAGAGCGCCUCCUUCAGCCAGGGCGACACGGAGCCCAUACCGCUGCACCGCCGCAUGGGCGCGCCGCUGGAGAUCCCCCUGGCCCAGAUCGAGGAGAGGAGGCUGCAGGAGGCCGCGUCCAUGUCCAACCUGGCCGUCGACGUCCGGCCCGUCACACCCAAGCCUCCAUCGCCCGCACCAUCGCCGGUGGUGGAGAGACAGCAGGAGGUGGUCAUGAAGGAGCAGCAGCAGGUGGUGGUGCAGGAGAAAGCUCAGGUUGUGGAGCGGGUGGAGAGCAGGCCAGUGGUGGAGGAGGUGACCGCGAUGGAGACGGCGUCGGCGGUGGUGGUGGUCCCGGAAGUGAGAGUGGUGGAACCGGUAGAAGAAGAAGAAGAGGAAGAGGCUGUUGUUGUCGUGGUUGCGCCAGAGCCACCAAGGAUGGAGGAGCCACCCCAGGCGGUUCAGAAGGUGAUGCAGAGGGCCACCACGCCCAGCAUGCUCCAAAGAAGUGUGAUCGAGGAGAAAAUCGAGGAGGUGGAUGAAGAGGAAGAGGAGAAAGAAGCAGAAGCAGCAGUAGUAGCUGCAGCAGAGGUAGUAGUUGUAGCAGCAGAGGAGAAGAAAGAAGAGGAGGUGAAGGAAGAGACCAAAGAAGACGAACCGAUGCCAGAAGCUACAGAUAGAGAGGCGUACAUGCCGAUGGACGACCCCGACGACCUCUACCCGGCCGUGCGACCUUCCGACAUGUCCAUGUCCUCCAGCAGCUCCGUCGCCAUGGCGCCAUCGGCUCAGAGGACCGCGGUCGUCACCACCUUCGUCACGCCGUCGCCGAGUCGCGUGGUGCUCCCGGACGGCAGGAUGUCGGCCUACGCCAGCAUCAUGCAGACCAUCGCGGUACCAGCCGACGGCAGUCCUGCACCAGAGUCAAGUCCGGCACCGGCGCCAACACCCGUCUAUUCAUCCGUGCCGGUCUACUCGCCCGUUCACCAAUCCAUGCCAAACCUCGUCAACCCGUACAACCUUGUCAAGCCGGAAACCAUGCGCACCAGGGAGCACCCGGCCGUGUUCUCCAGGGUGGCGUCCACGGAGCACCUCAACAAAGAGCCCAGUCCACCCAAGACCCCCUUGCCUCGACGCUCCCCGACCAAGGAGAGCACACCGGCCGUGGCCGGGGCUGGGGCUGGGACUGUGGCCGGCACCCCCAUCACGGACAUCGCCUCCGAGGAGGUCUUCGAGACCCGCUUCAAGAAGCGAGAGUCGUCCCUGACGCGCACCCUCAGGCGUCUGCCCUGGAGGUCCGACUCUGAGGAGAAGGUGGUGGUGGUGUCCCCCGAAGACGAGAGCGAGCAGGUGUACCGGCCCGUGGGUGGCGUGGCAGGCGGCCCGCUGGAGUUCAAUGCCCGCCGCCUGGAGGAGAAGUCCAAGUCGGUGCAGGACCUGCGCGAGGCCCAGAAGGACCCCAGCUUCAUGAGGAGGCUCUCCAUGCGCCUGCGGAGAACCCCCUCCGAGGAGAAGAUCAAGGAGGCCAAGGGGGAGGAGGAGCAGGACACCAGCUCCUCCAGGCGCAGGCUCUCCUGGGCCUCCCUGGGCCGCCGCAACUCCCAGGAGAAGAAGGAGGUGGAGAUGCAGAGGAUGGACGGAGGGGUGGAGACACCCGCGGACACUCCGGCCGUGAGCGACGCCAGGAAGCAGCCUACCGAGUCCCCCGUGCUGGCCAUGCGCAAGAAGAUCGGCUCCACCGUGGCCGGGAUCUCCCAGAGGAUCCGGAGCUUCUCGGAGGAGAGGAGGACCAGGACGGAGGAGAGCGCGGAGAGGAGAGAGGAGAGGAGGCCCUUCCUGUCCCUGCUCAGGCGCUCCUCCUCCGGCCAGACGGGCUCCCAGGAGUCCCUGGAGUCCAUGGGCAGCAUGCAGUCCGAGUCUAAAGCAGGUGCAGAGACGGAGCGACGGUCACGUUGGGACAGGUGGGGGCUGGGCAGGAGCAAGCGGGACAAGACGGUGUCCCAGCCAGACAUCCCCGCCGCCAUCACCAGGGAGAACGGCUCGCUGCGCUCCCGCCAAUACUCACGGCUGGCCUCAGACUUCCCUCCUGUGUUCCACAUUAAGUUGAGGGACCAUGUCCUGCUGGAGGGGGAUCCAGUCACUCUGAGCUGCCUGCCGGCUGGCAGCCCCCACCCACACAUCCAGUGGAGGAAAGAUAAGCAAGCGCUGGAGAUCGACGCCAGGAUGAACAUGAUCUCCUGUCCCGACGGGCGCCAGCUGCUGAUGAUCAUGAAGACCACCAAGAAGGACGCCGGGCUGUACGAGUGCGUGGCCACCAACCCACUGGCCUCCAUCACCAGCUCCUGCACCCUCUCCCUCGCCCGUCUUCCUAACCGUCCGGGCACCCCCGAGGUCCCCCAGCGCUACAGGAACACAGCCCUGGUGGUGUGGAGGCCCUCGGACACCAUGGCCCCCUGCACCUACUCCCUGGAGAGGAAGAGCGAGGGUGACCCCAACUGGCUGAUGGUGGCCACUGGUGUGGCAGACUGCUACUUCAACGUGACCGACCUCCCCCCCACCGGGGCCAUCCGCUUCAGAGUGGCCUGUGUCAACAAGGCGGGUCAGGGGCCCUACAGCAACCUCUCAGAACAGGUGCUCCUGGAAACAGCUACAGAAACUCCUAAAUCCACUUCUGUGGUGGUGAAGACACUCCCAUCUACCCCCACCGUGGUCACGUCGUCCAUCACCAUGCCUAUGAAGCCGGCCAGCGCCACCAAGGCCGUGUCCCCUACUCCUCCUGCUGCUGCUGCCCCUACUCCUGCUGCCGCCCCCCAGCCUCCAGCCCCCUCAGCCACCCCUGCCUACGCCCCACCGCCCAGCAAGCCCACCGCCCCUGUGGCUGCCGUCAGCGUCACCGUCCCUGCCUCCACGCCGUCCCCCCCUGCUCAGAGCACCCCCACCCCCAUCCCCACCGCUACAGCUGCGCGUACAGCAACACCUACUAAAGCCAAGAGUACGCUGAACAUCAUCAUGGCCAAGCCCUCUGCCUCUGCUGCAGCCUCUCAACCACAACCAGCUAAAACAUCCACCACCACCGCCACCAUCAAGCCGGCUCCCCCUACCAUCCUCCCCAAGCCCAUGAGUCCAGUCAACGUGGUGCCCCCCAUGACCAAAGCCACCCCGGCCGUCUCUCCUCCCCCGCCCCUGGUCUCCGCCCCCCAGCCCAUCAGCAAGCCCAUCUCCACGCUGCCCAUGUACGCCGCUUCCGCCGGCCAGGGCGCGCCCACCCCGACUCCCGCCAUCCCACCGACCGCUGCCCUGUCCCCACGCGUCGUGCAGGUCACCACCCUGACCUCCGACAGUAGGAGCAUGACCCCAAGCGGACGCAUCACACCCUCAGGGCGGGCCACCCCAUCCAUGCUGCGGCAGGGGGUGCCCCAGAAACCCUACACCUUCAUGGAUGAGAAGGCCAGGGGUAGGUUUGGCGUGAUCCGAGAGUGCCGCGAGAACGCCACCGGCAACCUCUUCAUGGCCAAGAUCGUGCCGUACGAGCCGGAGAACAAGAAGUCUGUGCUGCAGGAGUACGACAUCCUCAAGUCGCUGCACCACGACAAGAUCAUGGCCCUGCACGAGGCCUACGUCACCCCGCGCUACCUCGUGCUCAUCUCCGAGUGCUGCGCCGGCAAGGAGCUCCUCCACAGCCUGGUUGACAGGUUCCGUUACUCAGAGGACGACGUGGUAUCAUAUGUAGUCCAGGUGCUGCAGGGUCUCGACUACCUCCACAACCGGCGCAUCCUGCACCUGGAUAUCAAGCCCGACAACAUCAUCAUCACCCACCUGAACGUGGUGAAGAUCAUCGACUUUGGCUCCGCCCAGACCUUCAACCCGCUCUUCCUGAAGCAGUUCAACCCGCCUCUGGGGACGCUCGACUACAUGUCUCCUGAGAUGGUGAAGGGCGAUGUGGUGGGCCCGCCAGCUGACAUCUGGAGUGUGGGCGUCCUGACAUUCAUCAUGCUCAGUGGGAGGUUGCCUUUUACGGAGUAUGAUCAGGCCGAGACCGAAGCCCGGAUCCAGGCGGCCAAGUUUGACCUCGGCAAGCUCUACCAGAAUGUUUCCCAAAGUGCCUCUCUCUUCCUGAAGAAGAUCCUCUGCAGUUACCCCUGGGCUCGGCCGUCCAUCAAGGACUGCUACAACAAUGCCUGGCUGCAGGACGCCUACCUGAUGCGGCUGCGGCGCCAGACGCUGACCUUCACCACCACGCGCCUCAAGGAGUUCCUGGGCCAGCAGCAGCAGGCGCGCGUGGAGGGCGCCACCAAGCACAAGGUGCUCCUCCGCUCCUACUCCUCCACCCCUCCCCAGACGCCACAGAGUCCCACCGCCCCCACCCCCACACCCUCCCUGGCCACGGCCACCGUCACACAGUGACCUCCUGCACCACACCAUACAACACUAGCACAGUUUCGUUAAGCUGCACAAAAGGCAGAUGGACUUGCUUGCUGUGGGCCCCAGUUUUCCCCCACCGUUACCUCCACUGAGCACCACCACCACCAUCACCCACCAACCACCUCCAUCAGAGGAGAAGCCUGGAACGGUUCUCCUUAGGAGGCUGGGUGUGCUGGGAGAUGUUCCUGGAUGCCCCUUGGGGGUCACUCACUGAAGGGGUGCUGGGGCUUGGGAAUCGGGACUUGGGGGGUGGGUUGGCUUGGUCUGGUCUGGUCUGGUCUUUGCUGGCCUGGUUUAGCCAUGUAUUUUGUUCUAAAAGAAGCAUACCAGACUUGGGUGGGUGGGACUGGGGAGUCAUUGCAGGAAAUGAGAGAACUCUGCUCCUGCAUAUUCAGCCAUGGAGAGAGAGGUCUACCUUGGGACAAUGUCCCUCAACAACAGCAAGAACAUGGAACACAGAGCACACAGUCGCUCCCGAAACCAGAUGGUAGUAACGUACGUACACACUGGAGUUCAUAGUUUCCAUUUUUGUCUUGACCUCUUCUCUGCUGUUGGCAGCAUGCUCAAUGGUUUAGUGUUGAAUCUAACCCUUGACCUUGACCUCGUUUCCCUCUCACUCUUUCCUUCUCUCAACAGUCUUCUAACUCACUUGGGGUGGGUUUUUUUUUUUUUGAGGAAGCUUUACUAACGUCUCACAGUGGUGUGUGCCCUUCAGGGGACAUGUGGACCUAUCUGGGUGGGGCUCGGUAGCUGUAUUUUUUCACAAAGCUCAUUGGUCGACAAAAGAGUUACGAGUAGUAGUAUUUGCAAGAAAAAGUUAUAUAAUAAAGCAAAAGAAAAAUAUGUAAAUGUGUAAUUUUGUUGUGUCUCUUUAGGUGAAGCAGGGGACUUGCGAUUUGUUAAGACAUAUGGUGUACAUCUUUUUUCUGCUAGUUUUUAUGACCUUAAAAUAAUCAUUUUACUACCAGUUAUUGUGAGAGCAGUAACAUGUCUAAUUUUAAAACAAGUUGACAUAAAUUGCCAGUGUUGUGCAAAAAAAACUUUGGACAUGAAGAACAUGAUGAUGAUGUCAAAAUAUUUUUAAGGUUUUAGAGACUAUUUGUGUGUCACCACACAUUCAUUUGGUUGAAAGGAAAUUGGAUGAAUGAUCAUUUUCAUGUGCUAAUGAAGGCAAUUUAGUGUUUUUUUCCGAAAAAGAUGUAAGCCGGGUUCAGUGUAAUUAACCCAUCCAAAAUAUUUUGAUUGAAUCAUCUUGAAUUACAUGUAGAUUCGGACAGGCAUUAGAAAUAUUAAAAACGGAAAGAAUAAUCCAGACACAAUCCUAUGAAAAAGGGAGGAAUUACAUUAAAACGCCUUUAUGUAUGGAUGCUAAAUGUGAUUCCACUCUUUUCGAUAUGUCUCUGGAUGCCUGGAUUAUACUGGAUUAUCCAAGAGUGCCUGGAUUAUACUUUCUGAUCCUCAUCAUCCAAGAGAGCACCAAACAUAUUGGUGAAGACAAAUUGACCGAUUGACCUACCCGCCAUCUGUUCUCAAAUCUCAAAUAUUAACUUAUUGAAAUAUUGAUCUUGGAAAUGCUAAUUACAUUUUUUUCUGCUCACCAUGCCCAUCUGUGAAGACUUCACAUUCUUGGGUGUUGUUUGUAUGUACACACAUGACUAAUCCUACUCACAGCAGAUGAAUCAAUCCUUGGUUUUGAAAGUACAAACCCUACCACAAAUUUGAUCCAAGCAGCUCAUAAUCAGUUGAUCAGCAAAGACAACUCAAACAGGUAGAACACUAGACCAGUUAACUCAGUUUAGUCACCACUGUGUUGGAAGUAAACUGUGGCAAUGUUUUCCCUGGAACUAGCACCGCUAACACCCCUGACUAACAGUUCUCAGUGUGAGACCUGUUUGAUGGACAUUUAUUACAUAUUAUAUUCUAUUACAUUUAUAUUAACUAGACAUUUGUCCAUAUUAUUGCAUACAGGGUCUGUUUAUAGCCUCACAUGUUGCAGGCAGAAUCCUUUGCCCAUUGCAUUUUUAAUUUUAGACAUUGACAGUUUUUCAUGGUAAAGUAGAUCAUGGAGCUACAAUACUUGUUGCACUGAAUGUCCUGAUAGCCCGUUUGUUGCCUUCAUAUCCACCUUAUUACUCUGCCCACUAACUCAGCCCAUAUUAAUAGCUUUAGUUUCCCCACAGCGUUUCUGGACUGCUAGUUCCGAUGUGGCUGCCCAUGGCCCUUCUGAAUGGUUUAGCACUAGCAACUGCUACCCAGAUUAUGGCGCCACCCUUGUAGGCCUAACGUGGAUAAUAAGGUGGAUUCAAACAUUUCUCCUGACGGAGUCCUGCAUAGUCCUGCUGUCACGAAAAGAGAUUUAACACAAUUAUUGCACCAUUUCAAAUGACGUUACUUUUUUUUCCUGUCAUGCUUGCACUUUUACCUUUAUCAUAGCUAUUAAAUUGAACGGAAAAUAUAUUGUACAUUUGUUAAUUAAAUCUAAGCUAUGCCAGCAAAUGUUGAAAUUUGUUGAAUUGCAAGUAUGUCUGGCAUCCUUUUACCCAAUCAAUUCUGGAUGGAUUUCUUGUAAUAACUUGUACAAUUUGCAAGUUUCCACUAUUCUUAUUUAUUAUUAUCGGUAUUUUAUGUUGCAAUGUCUUUGGACAUUACUAAGUUCUACAUUUCAUCAUUAGCUGUAUAUCAUACUUUUGGUGUUGUAUAAUUGAGCAUAAAAGUAAUGAGUUUAGUUUUAAAACUACAUUUAAAUUGUUAGUUGCAUUUUAUUCAUUCUUUUAUGUUGAAGGCUGAGUACAUUUGUUAGCAUCACUUCUUUUUCUUUCUGGUAGCAACUGACGCUAUGUAAUGUCGAAGUUUAUCACAUGUAGUUAUUUUUUUAAGUUGACUGUCGGAAUGUAAUGAGUUGCAACUCCUGUCAAAAUCAAUAAACACUGCUAUCUCAAAAUGUAAUAGCCAACAAAUCAAAAUGAGUAAGCAAUAGUCUUGUUAUCUGCUACAGUAUGCUUUCAUAUCAUGCUGAAUUUACAUCUGUUUGAAAACUUUGUAGAUAUUGCCCUGGGUCACUUGCUGUAAAUGUGAGGAUACACGGAGCAAUUUCCUGAGCAAUGUUACCGGGUGGCAUCAUGACUGCCUCCAAAUUUCUUGAUGGAAUAGUUAGAAAAGUUGCCUGCUGCUGAUCCAAGUUCUCUUGGUAAAAGUGUUAUGGUGAUAUAAACAGUCCAAACAGAAUCGUCUAGUAUCAUUACCCAGACAUGCUGCUCAGAACGCUGCCCUGUGUAUCAUCACCAUUAGAACAUGCUGUGGCCUGAGUGCAAAGUUUACCAUUAGACCACGGAAGGCCAAAAGCCGAAUUACCCCCAAUUUGAAAAAAGCAGACCCAGAUCGGUAUUUUCUCUUCUAAUAUGGUGACUGGUUGUAAACUCCACUCAAUUCAACAUCUGCAGUGACCAGGACAAAAAAACAUGUGCAUCCUUCAUAUCCAGUAUGUAGACUGGCAUUACAGUAGGUUGUGCAAUACCAAAGCUGUUCAUAUUGAAUUCCUUGGAAUGCAACUUCAAAUCCAAUAGAGUACCUUCUGCAGUGCCCAUGAAGUAAGAUGUCAAACACAUUGUCAUUACCAUUGCCAUGUUAGAUUGAGUACUUUUUUCAAUGCCUUGUAAUUUAUUAAAUGGGUACGUAAAUGGGUGUAAAGAUAUAGCUAACUAUUAGCUAGAGUUCUAUAAAGUGGAGACAGUAUGGCUGAUGUGAUAAAACAAAUAAAGAAUUUAUCAUUAAAAAAAUGCCCAGUCAACAGUUUGUGGUUGUGAAUGAGGUUUUGUAUUAUUUCUUCUUUUUGUGCCUUUCUUUCUUUUUCGUUGUUCUGGACCUUUGACCUGAUGAGCAACCCCUUUCAAUGUGAAUCUGAAUAAAGAGUUUAUUUCUGGAUUGCAUUAAGAUGCAUUGAAAC